UGUCUUCCUCUGUCUGACUUACUUCACUUAGUGUGAUAAUCUCCAGGUCCAUCCAGGUUGCUGCAAAUGGCAUUAUUUCAUUCUUUUUAAUCUGCCAUCAUUUUUAAUCUGAAAUUUUAAUGUUUUAUUCACAGGGAGGAAUAGAAUUUUCUCAUCUAUAAUUCAGAAGCUAAGUAAAUAACAAAAUGAAGCCAGUAAAGCAUCUGUUGGCCUCUAGUAGUAAAUUGGCAAAUGUUCCAGAAUUAACAUAUAAAAAAGGAGUAUUCAAUCCACCAUUGUCACCUAAACCAAAGAAAAAACAUAGUGCAAAAUUAGUACGUGAUAAAUUUGAACCAGUGGUCUUAAGAUCUCCACCAACAGGAGAAUCCGUCGUAAGGUAUGCUUUGCCCAUUCCAUCAAGUAAGACAAAGGAGUUAAUAGCAGAAGAUGAACUGAUCAGGAGAAUUAGCAAACAUCUGCAGAUGGUUGUUUCUACUUUGGAAGAAACCUAUGGAUUUAGAAUUCAAAAUGGAGAAAAACCAGUUGUGAAGCCUGAACAGGAAGGAUUAACCUUCUCUGUUGCAGAUGAUCUGAAUUCAUUCUUGGUAUGUUGUUCACAAUUUGCAGCUCAGUUAGAAGCAGCAGCUAAGGAAGAACGUAAUAUUUUGGAAUCUCUUUUUAAGUGGUUUCAGCAGCAGGUUAAUCAGAUGGAAGAGAUAAGUAAAGAUCAAACUUUUUCAGAAGCAGAAUUUCCAGCACCUGAUAAAACAGUCAGUUUAAGCAUUGCACAAAUAGUAAAGCAGGUGCACAGACUUGAAGAACUGAAAAAUCGCCUUAAAGAAGGGUCUAAAUUCUCUUUCAAAGACAUGUUGUCUAAACCCAAAGCUAUGAAUGAGCAAGUUUUGUUAGAGGCUAAAUAUACACAGAUUCAAAGUGAUUUCCAAGUGUUAUCAGAGGAGAAAUUGAUGCUGGAAAAUGAACUACAAAAGUUGAAGAGUACAGAGAAAACAAAGGCUGCAAGUGAGCGAAUAAAGAAAACUAUGAAAAUGGAGAAGAAAAAAGACAAAGGAAAAUCUGAAGGUUCAGAAGAGAAGAAGUCUGUAGUGAAAGAGCUUAAAGUAAACGAAGAUAUGCCUCAAGUCCAGAAAGCAACACAUGCUCUGGAAAUUGAGAACAGAGUUCUUCAGGAACAACUGAAACAAGCUUUACAGGAAGCUGAAAGAGCUAAGGAGCAACUUGGUUAUUUCCUAAAUCAAGAAAAGGAGUUACUCAAAAGUGAGGGGAAGACCAAGACAGCAACAGAAAUGGGUAUUGAUAAAAUAAAAGUUAAAGGUGAAGAUUCAAAAUAUAUACCAUUGGAGAAAGAAACAAGAAAAGAACUAGUGGCAGAUUCAGGUGGAGAAAAAAAAAAGAUAAAACUAAAUACCCACAGCUCAGAGAAGGAAAGAGCUAGCCCUGCUAUUUCAGAUCUUUCACAGAUCCUCAAGUCUCAAGAUGGAUCACCUUUUUUAAAGACUUCAAGUGAAGUUUUAACUGAUGAAGAUCUAUCCCAUCUACUUUCAUCAGUGACCCAUGAUAAAUCACUUACAAGAAAAUUAUUGAUCAAAGAAGUCCAGGAUUCACAGUCUGUUGGAACAUUGCUUAAAGGGAGUGAAACAGUGACAGCAUCAUGCAUCUCACCCCCUGUUGUUAAAAUAAAGACUCUGGGUACUGACAUCUCAAAGGCUAAUAUUUUAGAAGAGAAUUUACGAAGUAAGAUUGAAAAGCAAACUUACCAAGAAGCAAGAGAAUUUCAAGAUGGCAGCUCAUACCUAUUAAUGAUGGAUCAAAACAAUGUCUUACGACCUGAAGAUGGGAUGCGGAGCAGCAGCAGCAGCAGUUCCAGUCCCAUAGAUGGUUAUGAUAAAGCAUCAGAUGAAAAGCUUAUGCUUAACCAUCAGGAUUCAGUGUCAAAAACCCAAAUGCAAGUAAAGAAACAAAGAACUCUCAAAAGGGAAAGACUCUCUACCCAUGAUGAUGUGUCAGAUGAAAAUCUUAUGUUUAAGCAUCAAGACUCAAAGUCAGAAACAGAAAUGCAUGUAGAGAAACAAAAACCUUCUGGAGAUGAAAGUCUCGUUAUUCAUACUAAAGUACCAGAUGGAAAUCCUGUGCUUGAACAUCGAGACUCAAUGUCAGAAAUGCAACUGGAAGUAAAGAAACAAGGACCUUCUAAAGGAGAAGGACUCAGUGCUCAUGAUAAAGCAUCAGAUGAAAAUCUUAUGUGUGAGCAUCAAAAAUCAAUGUCAAAAUCCCAAAUGCAAGUAAACAAACAAAGAGAGAAAAGACACACUGAGAAUGAAGUACCAGACGGAAAUCGUCUGCUUGAGCAUCAAGAGUCGGUGUCAAAGUCAGAGAUUCAAGUGAAGAAACAAAGCCAUCACAAAGAGGAAAGGCUUCCUACUCAUGAUGACACACCAGACAAGAAUCACGUGCUUAAGCAUCAAGAGUCAGUGUCAAAACUCCCCAUGCAAGUGCAGAAACAAAUAACUUCCAGAGGAGGAACACACAGUAGUUAUUAUGGAGUACCAGAUAAAAAUUCUACACUUGUGAAUCAAGAUUCAGUUUCAAAACCCCAAAUGCAAGUAAAGAAACAAAUAACUUCCAAAGAGGAGAGACGCAGUACAUUUCCUCUUCAAAAUGAGAAAAACGACAUAAUUACAUUUGAAAAUCUACCUCCUGAGAGGAAAGGUUUAUUUUCAAGAGACCAGUCUGAAACUAAGAAACUUGGAGCUAUCAGACAGGAGAAUCUUAAUACUCAGAAAGCCCAAAACGUAUUACCCAAGGAUCGAGUUGAAUUGUCAAAAAGCCAACCUCAAACUAAGAAACUUAGAGCUGUCAAAAUAAAAACACUACAUGAUCAAGAUGUGGAUGAACUCUCAGAUGAGAAUUUUGCGCUUGGAGAUCUAGUAGUAGCUAAAGGAUACAAGGAUAAAAUUCAAGCAAGUGGAGUUUAUGAGUCUCAGAUAUUGAGAGUUAAAAAUGAAGCAGCCUCAGAAAAUCCAGGUACAGCAGAAAAUCUUCCAGCAAUGAGUCCAUCAAUUAAUGACCUAAUAUUUCAAUUAGGUUUAAACAAAGUGGUAGAAAUCGAUCUAGAACACUUGAAAGAAACUGUUGGAAGACGUAUAUUAAUGGCAGAAAUGAAGAUAAAACCAAAGAGUGUCCCUGACACUGAUAAAGAGUGCUACCUAGAUGCUACCGGAAGAGGUAUAAUAAAGGGUGAAAUCAAGACACAAUCCAAUCAUCCUCCUGAGACUGAUAUAGAACGCAUGACAGAUACUGUUGGAAGAGAAAAAGUAAUUGGUGAAAUCAAAACGCAUCCUAAGAGUCACCCCGAGACUGAUACAGAUCGCUUCCCAGAUGUUAUUGGAAGAGGUAUUACGAAGGGUGGAUUCAAGACACAACCCAAGAGUCAUCUCAGGACUAAUGUAGAAGGCUUGACAGAUAAAUCUAGAAGAGGUGUAAUAAAGGGACAGUUGAAGACACAAUCAAUUCAUCUCCCUGGUAUGAAUUUACUUCAAAACAAAAAUACAUUCUCAUAUCAAGAAGGUUUCUAUGCUGGGCACAUUGCAACAAGUAAAUAUAAAACAAAAGUGAUUAAUUUAUCACCCUUUGAUGAUGAAGAGGACCCUUAUGAAUACGUUUCACCCCAUAUGAUUGAACAUCCAAAAGUACGUCUUAGAGCAUCUAGGACUGGAUCAAGUGUUUAUAAAACCAUCCACCUUCCUUCACUGAAUAAAGAACAUUCAGUCCCAGGCAAGGUCCAUAGAAAGAGUCAACAUGAGGGGCAUUGAAAAAGUUCAACCUUAAACAAAAAGAAAGGUGAACUUGAAGAUACUCUGCCUGCUGUGGUCACUACAACUAGAAAACCUAUCUAUAAAGUGCCAUAUACUGCUGCCCGAAAAUCUCUACCCCACCCAUACUUUUGAGAAUAAAUUAAUUCUGGGCAAAAUAAAUAACAAGCAAAUUCGUGGAGGCAGCAAUGAAAUUGCAAGAGUGGAAGCCUUAUGAAAAUAACACUGCCUUGAAUAGAUGCUGCUUAUUGAACAAUAGAGAGAAAGACCCUGAAUAAACAGGGCAUGUCCAGAUCAUGGAGGAACUUUUCCUUAUGAUGUGGAACAAAGCUGAAACUCUAAGAUCAAAGCCUCUGUUGCUGAUGUUAAGAAAGGAGCUCUCUGUUGAAGUUCCAGCUUGCUUCUCUUCACUCAUGUCCCUGUAAUGCCUUCU